AUGAAACUCCUAUCAGCUGCCACCCUGCUUCUCGUCGCUGCUCCAAUCUCUACUUCUGCAGCUGCCUUCCGGUCGAUCUUCGAUCCGUCGCAAGCUCCAAUCCAUGUUGAAACCACUCAGGACUUCCCAGUCCAGGGUGACAACCCGUUGAAAUACUGUGCUGACCCGAAGGAGCAUGUCCUGCAAAUCGACUCUGUUGAUCUCUCACCCAACCCCCCUAAGGCUGGCGAGAAGCUCACCAUCAAGGCUAGCGGUACCCUGAAUCAGGCAGUCGAAGAAGGAGCCUACGUAAACCUGGAAGUCAAAUGGGGCGUCAUUACUUUGAUUAAGCAGACUGUCAACCUCUGUGAUCAGAUUAGCAAUGUGGAUUUGUCUUGCCCUCUUGAUAAAGGAAAGUUGACCUUUACCAAGGAUGUGGAACUUCCUAAGCAGAUUCCUCCGGGUAAAUACUCCGUCCUUGCGGAUGUUUACACACCAGAGAAUACCCAGGUUACCUGCUUGAAGGCCGAUAACAUUGAAUUCAAGUUGCAAUUGUAA